AUGCAUUUGCAGCUCGCCUGGCGUGCCGUGCUGCGACAGCACCCGGAAGCGGUGAUCGAGGCGAACUUUUUGGGUAUGCCCAUCAGCUACGAGAAGGUGAAGGAGCGGUGGCCCCGGCUGGUGGAGACACUCGGGAUUUCAGAGGAGGAGGCGCUGCGGAUUAUUCAGAUGGAUGCGACACCCUUGCUGGUGGAGUCUGAUUCCGUCUCAGAGGUGUUGGCCCGCCUCGCUGCCAUCAGCUCCAGAGACAAGGCCUUGGAGCUGGUGGGGCGCAGCCCGUCGUUGCUGGUCGGUGGGGCCAUGCACAAGGAGGCCCAGGUCAUCCGCACUCAGCCGGCAUUUGUCUUGGAGACUGAAGAGACCCCAGUGACGCACUGGAAGACCUAUGACUUCUUCGAGGACACCCCCGUCGCCCGCGUGCCCAGUGCGGAGACGUGGGAUGGCCUCGAGGAGCUCGACGAGCUUUGCAUGGGUCCCGUUGAGAGCGAAGACUUUGAAGAGGCGACUAUGACUCCAGUCCUGACAUUCGACCCUUUCGAGCCGGCCUUGGAAGCAGCACCCCGCGCUUUGCGGAUGGUGCCCUUUCCGGUGUCUGCCGAGAAGCCUCAGAGACCGGCCCAGCUGUGCUGGCGCCUGGACGGGCGCAAGCUGCAGAGCUCGGAGAAGCAGAUGUUGUCCCCUGUCUUCCACCUGGAACUUCCAUCCGACUCCAGUGCGCCUUUCCGUGUCAUGGUUCUGGCCAAAGAGACCUGCGGCCGGAACCAGCAGGGCUUUGCGAAGGCCAAGGGUGUUGGACGCAUCUUUCUGAAGUGCGAGUCCUCGCAGGCCGUCCGGGUGCAGGCGCGCAUCACCGUGAGUGGGGCGAAGACGGAGACCCGCGGGCCUUUCCUCCACGACUUCAACGAGAGCUCCUGCUGCCCGCUGGGCGGGGAGUGGGGCCUGGCGGCGUUGCUGGACGCCACCAGGAGCCUGGAGGUCCAGGUGGAGCUCGUGGCAGACAAGAACAUGGCCGCGGCGUCCUUGAUAGACGUUCUCUACGCGGGACGUUUGUACAAGGUGCUUGAGGAAGAGGGACGGGACAAUGAAGGCAAGCUGGCCGAGAUUGAGCUGUACGCCGGCUUGCUCUCAGCUUUCCGGCCCUGCGUGGAUCUGGUGCUCUCAGGCCUCACCGCCCGCGACGCCACCGACGCCACGCGCCGGCUCUUUCGGACGCUUCAGGAGAGUGCGCCGAAUGAAUCGAUUCGCGUCCUACUGGGGCGAGUGGCAGACGCCGAUGAGCCUUGGUCCUACCUUGCCGAUCAAACCAGGGCAGGCUUCUCCAUCGGAGGGCGGCUGGCGCUACAGCCUGCGCUGACGCAGAAGAUCCUCCCGCACUCCCGGCCCAUUGUGAAUCACCUGCCCUCGAUUUACACUCGCCUCUCCAUCUUGGGUCCGCACGUGCCAAGCAUUGUGCGCAUCCUGGACCAGUACCUGGAUGUUGUGGAGCCGCACCUAGACAGGAUCAUGGAGCGGAUGGACAGGAUUGAGCCACACCUGCCGUACAUCCUGCUUCACUUGGAUGUGCUGGCCAAGCACUGUGGCCCCUUGCUUGACCACUUUGACCUGCUUCUGCCAUAUGCUGAGCUAGGCCGCGCUCGUCCCACCCCUGACCUGGAGCGAUGCUUUGAUGAGCCGCAGAUCGAGUCGGUGGAGGCGUGCGUCGUGGACAACCUGGUUGACGACUGGGAAGGUGCAGCAAAGGUGGAGGACGGCCCUGUGAUCGGGCCUGGUGACCUCAAGGUGCUUCGUGUCCAGGAGAAUUCCUACCUUCCCAAGCUGCUGCCCUAUGUCGACUUCCUGGUGCCGCACCUCGACGAGCUGGCGCCCCAUCUUCCCCUGGAUAUUGUACGUCCCGGGGGUGCCUCGCCUCGUGUGCUGGAUCAGCAAGCGGCUGCCGUAGGAGCCUCAGGCGCGGGGUCCCAGUCGACGCUGGGUGUUCAGAGCGAGGGCUCCGCUGCCCAGGCAGACUGGAGCGGGUCCGGAGGAGGCACGAGGCACCAGGCCAACAAGCCGGGGGUCAGCGCCAUGAUGCCCGACCUGGAUCGCGCCUGUGGGCGCGGGGUUUCAGUCGGGUUUGGCUUAUUGCACUUCUCCAAUUUGCAGUUCUCGGCUUUGCGAGUGUGUCCGGUGUUGUCGUUAGAUCUGGUCCGACGCGGCAUGGCGGAGCCGAUGGAAAUCCAGGACUUCCACAUGUUGAGGUGCAACUGGGUGUGCAAAGAUGCCCAGUCAGGGUGCAAGAACGCGACCCAUGCGGUCUGCUGGAUCACCUCGUGCCAGCACGUUCUGUGUGACGAGCACGCCAGGAAGGCCUUCGGCCAUGGGAAUUCCUGCCCGGUGUGCGGCUUCAGAGACGCAAGGGUCAUCAAAGCGAACCUGUCUAGCGAGGGCCGGGCACAAGCCAGAAAGGGCAUCGUGCCAGGGCUGGCACCCUCUGAGAUCAUGGACUCUGCCGCGCUGAAUGUGGAAUUUUGGAUUCGGCAGAAAGCCUUGACUUCUAUUCAGUGCAAGCAGCGGUGCCUGCAGCUGGAGGAGCGCGCGGGUACCAUGGCUCAAGCGGCGGAGGAGCAAAUCCAGGCAGCGCAUGUGAAGUCCAAGCGUCUGGAGGAGGAGCAGGUGGACCUGCAGAAGAGGCUAGACACUUUGGAGGCUGAGCGGGGGAAGGUCAACCAUCGGAUCUCAGGGCUGAGGAAGGAGAUUUCUGAUGCAGAGAUGCGGUAUGAGAGGGUGCGCAGCCAAGUGGGGGGUAUGGAGGACGUGCUCUCCCGCCAGCAUUCCCCAAGCCGCCUCCAUUCGCAGCCCCUUUUCAACUUCCAGGGCGCCCGCCGGGGCGUCUCUGCCUCGCCCCGGCGGGAGGGCCGGGCCCACUGGUUUGCACCUGAGGCCUCCAGCCCCAGCCGGGAUGUGCGCGACCUGGAUCGCCUCGAGCGCCACCACAUCGACCGCUUGGACCGGAUCGGCCGGGAUGGCGGGGAUGGCCAGGAUGGCCCUGGCAACCUCGGCAUCGACCUCGGCUCCCGGAGCCCGGGCCCCCGGGCCGAUCGUGCUCGCGGCCUUCGCUCGACAGCGCCCGCCUUUGCCGGGGGUUGGCUGGGUUCAGCUCGGAUGACCAGGACCGACUGUUUGAUGAAUGCUGCUUUGCCCAUCAGCAAAUUCAGGAGCUCGCGGGCUGCUGUAGUGACCUUCGACUUGGACGAUACCUUGUGGCCUGUUGUCGAGGCGAAUCAGCAGAUCGCAAGGGCGUAUGACCUGCCAGCGGACCAGGUAAUGGGCGCUAUGCGGCGCCUGCGCCGUGAACCGGUUGGCGAGAGCGCAAGCUACACGAGCCUUCGCUGCAUGGCCUACGCGGAGUUGCUGGGUGGCGACGAGGCCACCGAAGAGAUUGUCAAAGCGUGGGUGGCUGCUCGCAACCGGGCUGGAGCUCUGCACCUCUACCCCGACGUGGUGCCAUGCUUGGAGGGGCUGGCUUCAUCUGGAGCCAUGGUUGGAGCUAUCACCAACGGUGCUGGCAAUCCGAGCGAUAUCCCGCCUUUGGCCGACUUUUUUCAUUUCUGUGUCUCUGCAGAGGAGGAUACAAUUUUCCCACACCGCAAGCCUUCUCCGGUGAUUUUCGAGGAGGCGCUUGCCCGUGCUCGCGCACUUGGCUGGAGUGGCAAGACAGAGUGGUGGCAUGUGGGCGACGACCUUGCCACAGAUGUGGCAGCUGCUUCCCGUGUGGGCAUGAGGACGGUGCAUGUGGACCGCCCCGGCCAGACGGAGAACCGCUUCAGCGUCAGCUCCAAAGAGGAGCUCGCAGCGCGACAGGCCGGGGCAGCGCCUUGGCUAUGUCAGAGGCUCGAGGCCAGGUCUCAAAUGGCUGUGGGUCAAACAUAG